UAGAAGUUGUAGCUGCUUCUACUCUCGUUGACGCGGGAGGUGUACCCUCCCCGUUUCAAGAGUUGGCUGAAGCUAUUGACUCCUUAGUCACCGCACAGAUGCAUCAGGACCCAACUAUACUUGUAUGUUGGAUAUGUUUGAAGCCUUAGAGGACCUUCAAGGUGAAUUGUCGGCAAGGGACCCUCGUGAGUCCUGGGUGGCACUAAGUAAAGGCCCUAGAGGGGAGCACUUCGUUGUGGAAGUUGGUGUGGGUGGUCGCAAGUGCGGCGCCUUCGUAGACAUUGGCUCCACACGAAACUUCAUAAGUUGCGACUGCGUUGAGAGGCUGCGCCUAAAGGACCAGGUGCAGCGCCUUAGUAGACCGGUAGCAUUGACUUUGGCCAACAAAGAGCGCAUGAUGGUGGAGGACUACGUUAAAGAUGUAGUCUGCACUUUCUCCUACCUAGAAGGAAAACUACAUCAUAAGAUAUCAUUCCUGGUGAGCGACGAACUGUCGUUUGACAUGUUGUUGGGCAUGUACUACCUCGAGGUUGCCAAGCCCCAGUUUGACUGGGACAAGAAGGUGUUGAAGCAUGAGUUGCCUAAUGGGAGGACCGUUAGACUUGCCAAGUAUAAAGCCAGUAGGUUAAUAGACUCCAAUGGGUGCUUAUGCGCAUCUGCCUUCUACAACUAUUAUAAACAAAAUCAAGAGGAAGGUAUGUCCUUAGUUUAUAUCUCUACGAGAGGGGAGACCAGUAAAACACCCUCAGAGAUAGAGACUAUCGUCGCUAAGUACCUUGAUCUGUUCGAGGAGCGCUCAAGAGUCGUAGACAAGGAGGUUCUCCAUGCCAUAGAGAUCGUCCCAGGUAGCAAGACGCCUAAAGGGAGACUCUACGGGAUGGCUCCGACCAAGUUGGACAAGCUUCGUCGGCAACUGAAAGAGCUCACAGAAAAGGGUUGGAUUCAGCCUAGCACUUCCCCUUUUGGCUCACCAAUCCUAUUUGUUCCAAAGAAAGGGGGAACACUAAGGAUGUGCAUUGAUUAUAGAGGCCUCAAUGCCAUCAUCGUUAAGAACGCAGAGCCUCUACCACGCAUCGAUGACCUAUUGGAUAGGUUGCAAGGGUGUAAGUACUAUACCAAGAUAGACUUAAAAUCCGACUACCAUCAGAUUGCCAUAAGACCAGAGGACCAUCACAAAACCGCAUUCCAAACUAGGUACGGUCUGUACGAGUUUGUGGUGAUGCCCUUUGGCCUUUGCAAUGCGCCGAGUACAUUCCAGGACGCCAUAAGCAGGAUCUUCCAUGACUACUUAGACAAGUUUGUCGUCGUGUACCUCGACGAUAUACUUAUCUUUAGUAAGGCUAUCGAGGAGCAUGCUCAGCAUGUAAACAAAGUCCUCUCACUCCUUCGGCAGCACAGGUAUAAGAUAAACAAAGAGAAAUAUUACCUGGGUGCGCUGAUUUAUGAGCUUGGCUUAUCUGAGGACGUGACUCGAUCUUUGGGGAAAGCCUACAAGGAAGAUCUCGUCACGAUGGACAUCAUCAACAAACUGCAGGCCAAAGACAAGGCCACCAUUGACGAGUUUGUGAUGGUGGAUGGGUUACUCUUUCUUGAAAAGGCAGGGUUUAAGAGCAGACUAUCGAAUACAUCAAGAAAUCUCAGGAAGCUAUGAUUGCUUCUGAGAACAAACGUUGCCGAGAGUC